UUCAUGGACCACGUCGGCGGCAGCUGCCAGCCAUCGAUCUGUUCCAAACAACGACCAUGGUGACCAUGCCAAACCAACAACAACAAUAGAAGACCAAAGGAACAAUCGACCGCUCCAUCUAUCCACACAGGUAGAUAAAGAAUAAUGAGAUUAUCGUCGGAAAUACUGAGUCAGGCAGAGCAACGGACCAACGUCCUGGACGAGCGCGAAUUGGUACUGCGAGGUUUGGCAAUUCCCGCCAUUGAACACUUGGCAGUGACACGUGAUGCCUUUGAUACCAUUGACUUUUGCGACAACCGAUUGCUACGUUUAGAAAACUUUCCUCGACUCUCCCGGUUGUCAUCUCUCAUUUGCUCGGGAAAUUUAAUUGAGAGUUUCGAUCACAAGAAUAUUCAAACCAACACACCCAAUUGGACCAAUCUGGUCCUCUCCGAAAAUCGAAUAUCCUCCCUCCAUGAGGUGGCCAAAUUGGGAGAAGCAUGUCCUAAGCUCCAGUUUUUGUCUCUGGUGGGAAAUCCUGUCACAAAGCGACAGCAUUAUCGACUCUACAUUAUCCAUCGGAUACCGUCUCUCAAGACACUGGAUUAUGUCAAAAUCACCACCUCGGAGCGAGAUCGGGCCAAGCGAUUGGCAAACAGUGCGGCUGGAGCUGCGCUAGAGAGUGAUGUCCAAAAGGAAGCCCUCAGCACCAAAACCUUUGUUCCGGGCGAAGGAGAGUCGGCGCAAGAAACCUUUGUCACAAACUUUACACCCGAACAAAAGGAACAGAUCCGUCAGCUCGUGGCCAAUGCCAAGUCUCCCGCCGAGAUUGAUGAAAUUGAACGAUCCGUGCAACGAGGUGUCUUUCCCCAGCAUUUGCUGGAUCGAAAACGAGCGGCCGAAGACGACAUGCAGGGAAACGAUAAUAAGCGGGGAAGGCAAGAGUAAGUGUAGGUGUGUGGAGCUUUCUUUUUGUAGCUUGACUAAAUAAUGUAAGUGACGAGUUUUCCAAGGGAGCUAAUGUGCCAGU